AACCCUUUUUCACAAAACCAAACAUUUCUUCUUCUUCUUCUGCAAAACCCUAAUUCUCAAAUCCAUGGCAAUGGCGACUCUACCACUCAAGAAGAGCUAUCGCUGUGUACCAUCUCUACAACAGUUCUACACCGGUGGACCUUUAGUAGUCUCAUCCGACGGCUCAUUCAUCGUCUGUGUCUGCGGCGAUUCCAUCAAAAUCGUCGAAUCUUCCAACGCCGCUAUUCGCGCAACCAUCGAUGGAGACUCAGAAACCUUCACGGCUUUAGCUCUUUCCCCCGAUGAUAAGCUUCUAUUCUCGUCCGGACACAGUCGUAUGAUUAGAGUUUGGGACCUUUCAACCUUGAAAUGCGUUCGGUCAUGGAAGGGACAUGAUGGUCCUGUGAUGGGUAUGGCUUGUCAUCCUUCGGGGGGUUUGCUUGCGACUGCUGGAGCUGAUAGGAAAGUUCUUGUUUGGGAUGUUGAUGGUGGUUUCUGUACUCAUUACUUUAAGGGUCAUAAGGGGGUUGUUUCGAGUAUUCUUUUUCAUCCUGAUUCGACCAAAUCACUUCUAUUUUCCGCAAGUGAUGAUACAACUGUAAAAGUUUGGGAUCUUUUGACUAAGAAGUGUGUUGCAACACUUGGGGGACAUAAUUCAACUGUUACUUCAAUAGCUAUAUCUGAAGAUGGUGGGAUGUUGCUUAGUGCUGGAAGAGAUAAGGUUGUGAUGUUAUGGGAUCUUCUAGACUACAGUUGCAAAAAGACGGUAUUGACAUACGAAGCUGUUGAAGCUGUGUGUGUCAUUCAUUCUUCAACUCCUUUCGUGCCGUGUUUGGAACAGAGUGGAAAGAAAAGUGGGUCACAAGGAAUUUAUUUUGUAACUGUCGGUGAGCGUGGGAUUGUACGAAUAUGGAAUUCUGAAAGAGCAGCCUGUCUGUUUGAACAACAGUCUUCAGAUGUUACGGUUAGUUCAGAUGAGGAUGGCAGCAAAAGGGGUUUCGCUACUGCUGUUAUGCUUCCCUUGGAUCAAGGAUUGCUUUGUGUGACUGUUGAUCAACAACUUCUUGUGUAUUCCCCUGUGAAACAACCUGAAGGGAUCUUUGAUAUAGUCAUGAGCAAAAGACUUGUAGGAUACAAUGAGGAAAUUGUUGAUAUGAAGUUCUUAGGCAAUGAAGAGAAAUAUCUUGCUGUUGCUUCAAAUACCGAACAGGUACGAGUGUACGACCUUGCAUCAAUGUCGUGUCACUAUGUAUUGGCGGGUCAUACUGAAACUAUUUUAAGUUUGGACACAUGUGUGUCGAGUUCUGGACAAACACUUAUUGUAACUGGCAGUAAGGACAAAAGUGUUAGAUUGUGGGACUCGGAAACUGGACGUUGCCUUGGCGACUGUGUAGGUCAUAUGGGUGCUGUUGGAGCCGUCGCCUUUUCUAAGAAAGGGAAAUCCUUCUUUGUUAGCGGUAGCAGUGAUCGUACCCUCAAGGUGUGGAACUUCGAUGGUCUUUCAGAUGAUGUGGAACAACCUGUGGAUUUGCAAGCCAAAGCUGUUGUGGCAGCACACGAUAAGGAUAUCAAUUCUUUGGCUAUUGCACCAAAUGAUAGUCUUGUUUGUAGUGGUUCCCAGGACCGCACUGCUCGUUUAUGGAAGCUGCCAGAUCUUGUACCUGGAGCUGUACUUAAAGGGCAUAAAAGGGGGAUUUGGUCAGUUGAGUUUUCUCCAGUUGAUCAAUGUGUCAUAACAUCAUCAGGAGACAAGACAAUAAAGCUAUGGGAUAUAACUGAUGGUUCAUGCUUGAAAACAUUCGAGGGUCAUACCUCAAGUGUGUUAAGAGCAUCAUUUAUUACUCGCGGGACUCAAUUUGUCUCUUCUGGUGCCGAUGGUUUAGUAAAGCUAUGGACAGUCAAAACCAAUGAAUGUAUUGCUACAUAUGAUCAUCAUGAGGAUAAGGUUUGGGCUUUGGCGGUAGGGAAGAAGACAGAAAUGUUAGCCACAGGUGGCGGUGAUGCUGUUGUCAAUCUAUGGCACGAUUCUACUGCUUCUGAUAAAGAGGAAGCUUUCCAGAGAGAGGAAGAAGGUGUUCUAAAGGGUCAAGAACUUCAGAAUGCUAUAGUGGAUGCUGAUUAUACAAAAGCAAUACAAAUUGCUUUCGAGCUACGUAGGCCUCACAAGCUUUUCGAGCUGUUUGCUGAACUUUGCAGGAAGAGAGAAGCUGAAAACCAGAUACAGAAAGCCCUUCAGGCUCUUAACAAGGAAGAAUUCCGGUUACUUCUGGAGUAUGUUCGAGAAUGGAAUACUAAACCGAAACUCUGUCAUGUUGCACAAUUUGUGCUUUUCAGAGUUUUCAACAACGUGCCCCCAACCGAGAUUAUUGAGAUUAAAGGUAUUUCGGAACUCCUUGAAGGGCUCCUACCAUAUUCUCAGAGGCAUUUUAGCCGGGUAGACAGGCUUGUGAGAAGCACAUAUUUGUUAGACUACACUCUUACAGGAAUGUCAGUCAUUGAACCGAAAACUGAUGCAAGGGAAUCGAAAGCUCAUUCAGAAAAUGCAGACAAGGAACAACAACAGGCAGAUGAAGAAGGGUUGAACCCGAAGGCAUCCUUGAAGAAGCGAAAAUCAGACAAGCAUAAAGAGAGGAAGAAGCAAAAGAAAGUUAAAGACGUAGCUUACACUCGCGUUGCUGCUGUAUCAUAAGAGUGUCAUGACCUACAUUACUGCCUGAUGAUAUCCGAGCAACUUAUAUUUCAUCGAUAACAGAUUUUGCAACCCCUUGUCAUCGAUGAUGAUGAUGAAGUACACUUCAGUCGAUUGUAGAAAAACGAAUCUUUAUUUGUUUUAGCUUUCCCUCUCCAUUUGAUUCUUACCAUAAAUGAAAUUUUGUAUACUAAAUUAUACAAUUGAACACUUUUUUAAGUAAUUUCUUAGUUGAAUCAGGUGUUUUCCAUUUUUGUUAUGAAUUUUUGCAAAGCUAUUAAUAUUCAGAGGCAUCAACUCUAAAAUCUUCCAUCUUGAGACUUAUAUUUAUACCAAAUAAAUACAAUAUAUGGCAUACAAGUUACAAAGCCAAUUGCUUUUUGUUUUGUUUGAUUGAGCUUGUUAAUAAUAGAUAGAGAGUCCAAGAACACUCCUUUGGAGAUUGAAUUAAUAAUAAAUUGCUCUUUUUGGAAGCUAAAGAACAAUACAUAGAGAAGAAAUCCAAAGUGACAACAACAUAUAUGUAACUGAAAAUAUUGAAAUCGUAGAAGACCCUGAUUUCGGUGGACUUACACUAGGGCCAGCGGCCGGUGUCAUAUUAAGGCCACUAGCUCCCGUCGCUAAAGAAAAAGGUGAUGACGACGACGAUGAUGAUGGUGGUGAUGGUGAUGGUGGUGUUAUUGCUGGAGGCGAUGAAUUUGGGCUACUAAAACAAAUAGAUGAAGGAGAAGCAAUUUCGGUGGUAGAGUUACUCAUAGGCAUAGCCAGAGACAGAACGCCAUCUAUGCCAUGACAUCGAACGGAGGAGCUUGCAGUGCAUAUAUUUGGACUAAUGAGUUUCACAUUGUUGAGAAAGAAACUCCACCUACCAUUAUUGGAAAUCUUAAGCAUGUAAUCCCGCUUUGAGCUCGGAAUUGAUGAGCCUGUUGGUAUAUGGUGCAAGUAGUCGAAAAGCAUGGUAGAAGGAAUUGAGUGGCGAAGCAAGAAGUCGGAGAUGGCAUGUGGCUCUAGGGCAAUUUUCGAUAGCAUCCGAUCGUUGGGCAUCAAGAAGGUGAUAUUACCUUGAAGCCUUCGAUCCAAUUUAGCCAUGUUGAGGAGCAAAACAAAAGUGAAGUAAUUUGCUCUCUGCAUCUCCGAAGCAGCAAUAACGAGGUCUUCGUUUUGGAUUCCCGGGGGAAUGUCCACCGAAGAAACUAGGGAUAGCAAUGCCAUCAGAACCAACAAGCGCAAAUUGGUCGCCAUCAAAGCUUAAGAUUUCUUAUUGGUUUUUACCAAU